AUGGCUGCCGCUGAGUGUUCGGCGGCGGUGCGGCUCGCCGGACUAGCGACGGUGCUGCUCCUGCUGCUGCCCGGCGUGAGAGCCAUCACUGGAGAGUCUGAGAUCCUGGAGCGAAUACUGAACCCCACCAAGUACGACCGCAACGUCAGGCCGCCAGCAGAAAACGGCACAGAAUCACAAGUGGAAAUCAAGGAACUACUGGAUAGAGUCAAAAGAGAAGACGAGAAACUUGGAUUGUCAGUUAAUAAGAAAACGACCAAGAUCAUGAUAACAAACAGAGGAGGACCAGUCGAUGUCAAAAUAGAUCUCCUCCUCCGCAGGCUGUUGGCAGUCAGCGAAGCUAAUAUGGACUUCACUGCGCAGCUGACGGUGGUUCUGACGUGGCACGACCCACGCCUCAGGUACGACGACAUGGACACGGGACGCCGGCGGUUCGUGACGCUGACGGAGGUGAGCCGCGCCUGGCAGCCGGACGUGUUCUUCAGCGAGGAGAAGCAGGGCCACGUGCACGACAUCGUCACGCCCAACGUCUACAUGCGCAUCUCGCCCGACGGCCUGGUGCGCUUCAGUGUCAGCUGCGCUGAGAUGUUGUGUGCGUUGCUGGCAGACGGGUACACGGAGGAGGACCUGCGGCUGUCGUGGAGCGACCGUGACGAGGUGCACUUCGUGAAGCAGCACAGCUCCGCCGGGCUGUUCUCCAUCGCCAGCUUGCAGGCCGCCGACUGCACCGCCAGGGCGCGCGGAGGUGAGUCAGCGUCCACUCCACUGCUCUGCUCUGGCGUGGCCGUCGUCUGCAGCAUCGCCUGA